AUGAUCAAUGGUAGUCCAAAUAACAUAAGUGACAACAAAAACGAAAGCAAGAAUAACAGUAACCAUCAUGAUGAAGGAGAUCAGCAAGAAGCAUUGGAUGCAAGAAUCUACUUUCCGCCACUUCUUCUCAUCGAUGCUUAUCCUCAGACGACGACGACAACUGCUGAAGACAAUCAUAAUAAUAUCAUUCAGAACAAUGGGACUAUCAGUGGCUUGCACCAAGCUUGCCAACUGGCCGUAGAAACCAAACGACCUCUUCAUUUGACAACGUCAAUUGUGAGGUUGGAAGAGACUGUGGUGUUGCGAAAACAAGAAACGUUGACUAUCAUUGGAGAUUAUGAUGAGUCUACGACAAUAACAACAUCGACAACAUCACCGAAUGUGACAAUUCAGGGCGACUUGCACUCCCUCUUUGUCCUCAACAACUUUUCGCAACUUACACUGAGGCACAUUCAACUAAAGCAUACAUUGGAACCAUCAUUAUCCAAUAAUGGUGGUGAUCAUCGACAAGUGGGGGCUGCCGUCAAUUUGCGAAAGAAGUCUAGUCUGGACAUGCAAGACGGAAGUUUGCACAGCACUUGCGGCUUUUGCUUGUGGAUCGUUCAAAAAUCGCGUGUCACUCUGCGGAAUUGCGAAUUGCACGCUACCUUGCGAUCCCCAUUGGUGUGUUUUGGACAACCCAUUGUGAAUUUAUACCAUUGUCAAAUUGUCGAUGCGGGCGUUCAUGGUCUAUGUGCCCGUGGGGAAUCUCAAUUGCAGUUGGAGGAUUGUAACAUUUGUAACAGUGCCAGUCGAGCCAUUUAUGCCUACGCCCAAGCGUCCGUGACGUUGACGAGAACACAAAUUUCUGGAACCUUGCGACAAGACAAGGCAGCCAUUGAAGUGUCGGCCGCCAUGGGAGGGGGAAGUGAUGAUGACACUAAUAAUACUACGAAGAACGACCAGCACAAUAAUGCACCCAUCAAGGCAUCCAAAAAAGGCAAGAGUGGUCACCUCAAGGUACCGCCGAAAUCUACACUCAUCAUGAACGAUUGUAAAGUAUAUGAUAAUCAAGGCAUUGGGGUAUUGAUUCGAGGAGAUGUGGAUUGUAAGCUUGUCAAUAUGGAAUGGAGUAACAAUGGAAAGGGUGAUUUUGUGGAAACGACAGCCUUGCAAGAUGACAAUGAUGAGCAAGAUGGUGAAAGCAAUCAAACGACACAAAACAACCAGACAGGAACCACCAAGUCAUCAUCAGAGACUGAUACUCCAAGCAGCACACUGCCCACUAGAUUGCCUCCCACCACCAUUUUGGGUCUAAAACGAGAUCCAUCCGGAUCCUCGUCCUUUCGACAGGGCGAUUGGUGGUGCCCCAAGUGCUAUCAAAAUUAUUAUGACAAUUGUCAAGCAAUAUCCAAUCCUGUAAUCGUCAUGGCGGGGACUGGCAAGUGUCCCUCUUGUGGAUACGAAAAAAAUGACAACAAGGACACGGUCGAAAAGUACCAACAAGAAGACUACUAUAAUGGAUUGACCAUACCCGAAAUUUCAGGUCUGAAUCGGGGUCAAGCCAUACCCAUUCGGCAGAGUCUAAUCAGCCGAUAUCGAGUGGAAACUAGUAGUGUUAGGCAUCAAUGGAUGUUUGAUGGUGAUGACAAGGGAUGGAUACCGUACGAUGAAACCAGUAAUGACUUGCUGGAAGAUGCCUUUCAAAAGAAAAAUGUCUUGCUAGAAGGCAACCACCUGGCACAACAAGAUGAGCCAACAUCUGACGAUCAUGACCACGAUGAUAAAGACGAUGAUGACGAUGACGACUAUGUUUUGGAAAAAGCCAAACGACAUGCUGCCGGUUUGCUAGUGACAGUAAGUAAUGGGAGGUACCAAGUUGACCUUGAAAAGAUGGAACAAAUCAAUGUGGAAAGUCAAAUGCUACGAUUUGUCAAACGAGUGCCAGUGCCUGUUCAUCAAUCAAAGUGA